AUGCCUUUCGCCUACGAUCAAACGAACAUACAUCCAAUUGGAUUACAAUUUAGAUUCAACGACCAAGUAGCUGAAGGUGUAAUAGAAGAUUGGCAUUUUGAAACAAAAUAUCACUACAAACAAGUUAGAGGGCCUGCGGGAGUAUCAAGUACUGCUGUUACAGUUCAUUCCUCUGAAAAUAUAGUAGAUGACUAUUUCAUAUCGGUGGUUUGUGAAGAUGUGGAAGCAUUUGUGAUAAAUCAACAAGAGAGAUUGUCUGAUUUCGAUUUAACUUCUUUAUUCACCUACGAAGAUCAGAAAAUGCUAGAAACAAACAUCAACAGAAUGUGUCGAUGUUUAGAAAACUCAUUGCAAUCGAGAACAGAAAAGUUGAAAGUGGAACAUAUCACUCUGUCAGUUCUCGAAAUCAAUCAAGUUGUAUCAGCAGUUAACCUACUCGAUCGUGAUUGUCUAGGAAUAGUUACUGUACACUUGCCGUUUGAAGAUCAAGUAUUCACAGCUGAUGACUUCAUACCUCUGAUAGAAGGGCAGAGACGGCAGAGGUUGGAUCUGAGAAUCCACUUAUAUGAAUUCUCAUCGCAAGAGCUGGAGGAAGUGAGAAAGAUUUUUAACUGCACGUCCAAACAACUCUACUCUAUUUGUAUCAAAUUUAAAUACAUGGAUGAAAAGUGUUAUGAGUUAAUUGAAGAAGCAACAUUUUGCAUAGUUGAGCUCUAUUACAUGUUAAGCGAAAUUUCGUUCACCGUAAAGGGAGCUCGUGAAGAAAAGGAAGAACUUAUCAUGAAAAGGUAUUCAGAGCUUAAUCAAUUAGACAACAAAAUUCCUAUAAAUAUCUUCGAGGUCACUUUAAUAAUGAAGUCAAUUGCAUCACAUUUAGGAUGUCCUCAGAUUCAAUCACUUCGAAAGGUAUCCAGAGGAAUCCGUCAGUGUGUAGACGAUAUCAAACCAGAUCCGCAUAUUCUUAGUUAUUACAUGGGUCUCAGGAAUUUUCCACAUGUUGCUAUUGACGGAAUGAUGGAUGAAGGAAUAGCGGUAUCUUACAAGGGAUCUCUGGAGCAAGAUGCAGUUCAAGUUGUAAAUGAUUUCGAUUUGAAUACAAGACAUCAAAAAAGUUGCAUGGAUGAACUAUAUAUUGAAAUGUAUAAAGAAAUCUGGGAGUUAUUAGAAGAAAACGAUUGGGAUCGGUCAAUAAUUUUCAAACUGCUCAGAGAUGUCUUGAUCUCCAGGGCAUCCCCAUUGAAGGCCAGAAAAUUGACGUUUGUUUUUCACUGGCAAUGUUUGAUGAUGGAGAUACUACCGUUUUUCGACGCAGAAUUUUUGAAUUCUAUUAUCAUACAGAGGAUCCAAGGAAUUGAUAAAGAAUAUAGGAUUGAUCUAGAUGAAAUUUCAAAAACUGAGCAAUGGAUCAAGGCGAAGGAGUUGUGCAUGAAAACUUUGACUGUUCGAACGUCAAUUCAAGACAUGAACAUUUUGAAUUUUGAGACGAUUGAUAUCACUAUGGAAACAAUGUCGCUGGAGGAUAUUACGUAUUGCAGAAAGAAUCUAACUCAACCAUCAGUCUUCAUAAUGUUCAAGAUACAGAUCAAAAACUGUUCAACUGCCGACUUUCUUGCAUCAUUGGGAGAACCUUAUCAUGUCGCCAACAACCUCAAGUAUAUAUGGUUUUUCCGCAUUGAAAAUACCCUGUUCUAUCUUCAUGUAGUGCUCCAACAAAUCCCUCAAACAACGGAAGGCCGUUUGAAUCUUGCGAAAAUCCAUCAGGGUCAAACUCGAUUUUUUUGA